CGCGUUAUCCUCCAAUAACGUAAACGGUUAUUUCUUUACUAAUGCGCAUGCUCAGAAUAACAAUUAACGUAAAAUGUGUUGCAGUUAAGGGGCCUAAAAACUCCCUAUUAGCAGUUGUUUUAACAAAAAUAAACGCAUUUUAACAAGUAGUAAUGUUAUAAUACACUGUAUUGAAAUGGGAGAAGGCAAACACGUAACGUCACACCUUCCGCUCACGUCUCUAGCGCUCAGGGUUACCAGGCAACCAGUACAAUUUAGGAACCUCACAUUUGACCGUUAUUUUGUUUACAUGUGAUUGUGAUUUGUUUAGUUGCCUUAACUUCUAAUUUUGAUAUGAUGAGAAAUAUGGCACAUUAUUUUCAUUUAGACUUAUUCAAAAUUAAAGUGCAUCAAAGUGGCGCACUAAGUUCUAUUAUCAAACAUAAAAUUGUAAGGAAGUGGGAAACUCUUACGUAUGGAUUGGAGUGUCCGCCAGACACUUUUAGCUUAGAGUAUGUUUUCAUCCAAAUCUACAACAAUUUACACAUAUUUAACCGGAAGGCAGCAAAUGUAAAUUUUACACCGGACAUAAUCAAGUCUUUGAGCAAAAUAAUUCCAAUGGAAUAUUUUGGAAUUCCUUACAAUAGGAAAAUAUUUAUGAUGAUUGUAAAAAGGAUUAUGACACAGAGCCGGGGUGAAUGCAUUCAUCAGUGUGUAUUAUUUAAAAGAUUUGUUUACGAAGCAAUUCCUUGGAUAAAUGUAAACCACGACAGAAAAGCUCAAUUAUUAUAUGCUAAUACUGUUCUAUUGCAAACAGUUGUAAAACGUUUUAUUAGGAAGUAUUAUCAUUUUUUAUGCAAUUUUAAAAACAGAGAAUAUAUUGUCUACCCUAAAGCCUCCGUCCAUUCUUUUAUGGAUAAAAACCUUGCUGAAUGUAUUAAGAAAGGGCGCUUGACCAAAAUUGGCAAUAAUUAUAAAGCAUCUGGAAAACUCAUUUUUACACCAAAAUUGACUAUCUAUGAGUUGAUUCAUAGACCAAUAGUUUGCACUUAUUCGAGUUGUAAAGAUGGGUUUAGACGAAGAGGGUGGAAUGAUGGUAGAGUAGCCAUAAUGAAAAAGGCGUUAAAAGAUUUGACCUCUAAAUAUCAAAUUGGCGGUCAGAGUAAUUUAUUUUCAAAGUGGAAGACAUUUCUUGAGCUGAAUCCAAAAAGGAAAUUGUAUGCAAUAAAACUAGACCUUCUGGAUGCAUUUGGCAUGAUUGAUAUCCAACAACUAAAGUGUUUAAUAGAAGACAGCACAGAGUUUCUGACAAACUCUCAAAUAAUAUGGUUCAAAAAUAUCCUAGAUCAGCAAUAUGUUCACGUCAGAGGAAAGCAGCAGAUUUACAGGUGGAAUCAUGGAUUGCUGCAGGGGAAAGCUAUGUCUCCUAUCUUAUGCGACUUAUAUUUAAGCUACCUGACCCAUAGUUGUCUUAAACAAUUUGACAAAUCGGACUUCCUCUUCCACAGGGCUGUGGACGAUUUAUUCUUCGUUUCCACAUGUGAAAGUCAUAUCCUUCAAUUUGAGAUGGCAGCGUAUGGAAUUUCGAUCCUGAAUGAUGCCAAAACUCGCAGAUUUUUGAAUGCCCCAGGUGAAGACCCGUGUAUAGUAUUUUACGGCAAGGUUUUCAAUUUAGACACAAGAGAGACGGGUACGGCGUAUCAAUCUGGCACUCAACUGAGGAGUAAGUUCAAGUUAUGGAAUUGGGGUACUCAAUUUGGGAGUGAUCAACCAUUAUCGUUCAUCAUUAAUGCUAUGCGAGUACUGUACUUGGAGGAAUAGAUUUUAUAUCCAAAACGUACCCUAGGCAUAUAUGCAAUGCAAUAAAUAUUAGUAAAGGAAGUCAGUAUAGAGACGUUUUUCCUUAUAAGUUGAUUCGGUUUCUAUUAUACAAAGCUAUUAUUGUCGUACUAAGCAAAAGACACUUCAAAUACAAAGCAACUAUCAAAGUGUUAAAGGAUCGCUUAGAGGCGAUGUCAAUUCCCUAUUUGAAACGCGACAUAGAUGUUAAAUAUGUUUCCAAACUUCCAGAAUGUUUUCAAAAUGUUUGCAUGCGUAGAAAAAUGGAGAUAAAAGAAAAACGUUCAAGUACAUUUUAGAUUUCGAAAUAAGACUUUUUUCUAGGUAUUAUAACAUCAUUUUUUUAAUGUGUAAUAAAGAUAUCAUAUAAAAAUCAAA